AUGUUGAAAUAACUGUUUAAAAAGGGUAUUUUGAUGAUUUAGUAAUUAUCAUAUUUGAAUGGAUUGCAUCAUUUACAUAAGAAUAAGGUCAUUCACAGAGAUAUUAAAUUGGCCAACAUAGGAGUGAAAUUGAUAGCAGAAGAGGAGUAGAGAUUGCUUUAAAAUAAUGCUCUAAGUGUCUUUUACAAUGCAUAAUACAAAUUACUGGAUUUUGGUUUGGCUAAGUAAUUAAUGAAUGAGGAACUCACUAAUACAUAUGUUGGUACUGAGUUAAAUAUGGCUCCUGAGAUUCUAAAAUGA